UCAGCUCAUAACGAACCCCAGUGGCUGUAAAAGGCAAACGGAGUGUGGAAGCGCAGCGGUGCAGAGUUGUAUCAGACACAUGAUGCUCUAUGAGGACAUCUUUGACUCGCUUCACUGAGAUAAGAUACUCGAGAAUUUCGGACGUUUUCAUUCACCUGUUCUCACAUUUCGACUUUUUCGUUUGUUUGUUUUUAAGUUGAUUAUUCAUUUCUAAUGUUUGACGUGUGAUGGCUAACGCAUCAUCAUCGCUUGAUGUGGGAGUUUUGUUUCUAAUCGUGGUGACAGCAUCUUUGACCAACGGUUCUUCAUUUAAAAAAGAUGUGAGCCAGAGGAAGGAGGUGAAAGCAUUCGAGCAGAGCGCACGUCUGCCUGGCGGGGUGGAGGAUCUCGCCACUGUUGCUUCCCACGUUGAGCCGUGUUCUGACUGCGAGCCACCAUUAGCCAGGAGGCGAUCCAAGAGGUGCACAUGUUACACUUACAAAGACAAGGAGUGUGUGUAUUACUGCCACUUGGAUAUCAUCUGGAUCAACACACCGGAGCACACAGUACCAUUUGGUAUGUCCAGUUACCAGGGUUCCCUGCGUUUAAGACGCUCCACUAGGACCGAGCGGGUGAGGAUAGGGGUGGAGGCUCAGCGCUGCGCGUGCUCACAAUACAGCGACGUGGACUGCAUCAGCUUCUGCAAGAUCAGUCAGACGAGACCACACACAGCAUUGCCAAAAACAGACGAGAGGACAGCAACUCAGCGGAGUGGCCCUGCUGUGAAAUAAGUGCAUUAAAAGCGGCAGGCCUAUGAACUGAAAAGUGGUUACACAUUCUAAGACAUAGCGUGUAUGUCUGCGUUUCUGUAGGUGGAUAUCUUGUAGUGUCUUGUCAUCAGACUGAAGGAUGUGUAACACCAAAGGUGCUUGCACAAAUCUAAAAGCCAGCAAUUCCACGUUGGACGCUAACAGAAUCUCCGCCCCUCUUCUCUCCUGCCAACCUCUGCUCAUCUUUCAGAACUUGCUGUCUGUGUCUGUUCAGCAGGUGUGCAUGAUGGUUUCCAUUACUCUGACACAACUGAAGCUAGUUUACAUGGCUGAUUUGUGCGGACUAUAAGACAUUUGGUUGCUCACACACAAUGUGGAUGCCUCUGCUCCAGGGACAUCACUGAAACUCCAUGGCAACAUUGGCACAACAUCAAAGCCAGGAAGUCAGCAUUGCUUUCUUUUUUUACAAAUUCAGUUUGUCACAGUUACUGAAAGAGUCAGGAUAUCUUUUCUUUUUCUUUGUAUCAUUACAUUAGGAUGUUCUUUAUUGUAAAGCACGUCUGAGAUUUUUGGAGGUAACAGAACUGAAAACAAAAGUUAGCAGUCUGUUUUAUAAGCUGAAUCCAUUCCACGGUCGUGUGUGUGUGAAAUGUGUUCCAAUAUAUAAAGGCUAUAAGUUAUUUUUCAUACAAACCAAAUACGAUAGUAAAAGUGUUAUAAGAUGUUGUAUAUAGAUAUAUCUGAUUAUUCUAGCCAGCAAGUCUCUGUAUUGAAAAAUUUAGAAAAGUACAAAAGUUUGUACCACAAAGUAAAUUUAAGGUGGCACUUCUUUUUCGUCUGUUUUUCUUAACCUCUUAACAUCCAUCAUACUGGCAGUAAUCUUUGGGGGAGUACUGGCAAGGUUAGAUUCACAUCUACUCUGUUAUAUUUACCUCUCUGGCAUAGCACAUGGAAAUCUAACAGAAGAUCUCUAAAGCCAAAGUGCAUAUAAGAGAGUUGAUUUCAAAGUUAAGAUGUUUCACUUUCUAAAACUAUGCUUUUUUACCACGUGGCUAAAUGUCGACUAACUAACUCUACCACUACGUGGUUAACUGGCAGCCUGGUGGAUGUUAAAAGGUAAAUGACUGCACCACGGAGUAAACAGCUGACCACCUGUGCAGGACGGAUGUUAAAAUAACUCAAACGCAGAUGAACUCGGACAAAUGGAAGACUUCUUUGCUUCAUGUUUGAAACAUCCUGAUGAACAUCAGGCUUUAUUUAAAGAUAUUUAAAAUAAACUUGAUACCUAAUUAACAUGUCUGAUCAGAGGCUCCGUUACACAGGGAUAAUAAACUGUUGCAACUAGCUGUUGUAUCUGUUCUGAUAAAGUCAGCACACCAUGUUUAUUGUAUUGCACAGCGAGGUCAGCACUAUUAUAAAUAUUAUCCUGCAUUUGAGUAACUGACAUACAGAGCUAUGCAGCAUAACUUCAGAGAGCUUUAGCAUUCAUAUUAAAUCUGCUGUAUUUAUGUCUCUGUAAUAAAUAAAGAUAAAAUAUUAAAACUGUGCAUGGUUUGUACAUGCCGAUGAUUCCUAGACAGGGUAACAUUAAUGUUAUAUAGUAUGCAUAUAAAAUAAUCCCAAAGAAGUGCCAGUAUUUGCCGUAUAUGUAUUUAGGCAUCAGUCAAGAGUAGUCAAAAAACCUUUGUGUUACCCGUCAAUAGAACUUAGCACCGCUCAUACUGUGUCGUAAAGAAUUUCACUAAUUCUGAAGAACAUGAAGUUGGGUAAGGGGCAUUGCUCCAUGCCAGUGUAAGAAGCAGUCAACACUGCACAUGUUUGUGAAAGAUGGAUCUGUAUUGCAAUUUUCCUGCAAAAGAGUAAAGAAGGAUUUGCAUCGUGUCACACUCCAGCAGACAAUGUGUACUUGUUGUCCUGUUGGAUGAUGGCUUGGAUCAGUAAGUGCUAUUAAAUGGGUGUGCAGUGACUUUUUCGCACACAAGAGUUUUGUCAAAAACACUUCAGACUUGGUUUUUAACCAUGACCACAAAGAUCUCCUAUUCUUUGUUGUUUUUUUGCCCAGCCUCAAUUAUGGUUUACGUGGCAUAAACACAGUCUUAGACGUACCGUGGAAUGACAGUGAUUACUGACCGCCUACAGCCUGGUUUCUGAAAUAAAAGUUUUUAAAAAUCAACCAAAUUUUAUAUCUCUGUCAAUAUGCCACUCUUAGCAACAUUUAGUAACAAAAUAAGGCAGUUUGUGUUUUAACUGGAGAUGCAAUUAAAAUCCAGGGAUUGCAUUACACGGUUCCAGUAAUGGUCUGCACUUGUAUACGGUGGUAAUUCAAGGUACUUGCAUGCCAUCUGAACAACAUGGGAUCUUACCCAAGGGCAUUAACCUUACAGCCCCUCGACCCCACAUUAAUUAUAUCUGGACAGUUUUCCUCAUUAUGGCAGAGGAAUGUACCUUAAACACAUAAGAGCCAGUUCUUUCGUAUUGUCUGUAACUUGUGACUGCAGGAUUGUUGCCAACACAACAUAUUCAAGAAUGUUCCACAUAAAUUAAAGUACCCACUUCUUUGCCCACACGGGCUUGUAAUGACAGAACCAUUCGAGUACGAGUGAUAAAUAGAACAAUUAUGUGACUAAAUUAAAAAAAAGCUUGUGGUUUGUGGUUGUUCCUGAUAUUGGCAGAGGACAGUCUCAAGCCAAAUAACAAGUUAAGAC